AUGCCGUUUUACGAUACCAUCAAGAUGCCCAAGGACCUUUAUGCCACACUAUCUAAUGGCACAAAACUCACUCUUCCAGAGGAACAGCGAACACAACUUUUCGCAAAGCUUGAAGACAAGUUGCAAGAUCGUGUUGCAGCUGAAUUUCGACCGCUGCGACUGCUGGGUGACUUCAAGCAACCUAUCUCAGCUCGUUACCAGUCAAAUAUUCCAACACUCGAUGAGUUGAGGUCUAGGUCUAUCGGUAUGGCUAUAUGUGAGCUAGAAGCAAUAUACCUUCACCAAGACGACUCCUUUCUUUAG